AUGUCUGAAGAUUUCCCACCCUGCGCGGCCCUUCCUGUCCUCACCCUCCACCCAUCUGUCAACCCAGAACAGCUCGAUGCUGCUAAAGUUGUCGCCGAUAGUUUGGCCAAGCGCCAGGCAGAUGACAUCAAUGACCAUUUUCUUGAAAAGGAGUCAUGGUGCAGAGACUUUAUCUCUUUCUCAUGGGAUAUCGCGUGUCACAACGGGGCCGAGACCAUAUCCGAAUAUCUGAGUAGCUCCAAAACCGGAUUCAGGAAUCCCAAGGCCAACCAGCCAGGUGCAAUGAUGUCACAGCUGGCCAAUUUAGGGCCAAUGCAGUUCAUUCAAUCCGGGUUUAGCUUCGAAACCGAUGUCGGUGUGGGGAGAGGAGUUCUGAGGCUAGCCAGUAUUGGGCCCGACCAAUGGAAGGCAUGGACUAUUUUCACCACACUUGAACAUCUGAAGGAGCAGGAAGCAGAGACUCAACCCCGUGCUUCGCUUGACUCCAUGCAAGUUUUGAUUGUAGGCGCAGGACAUUCGGGACUUUACCUUGCGGCUCAUCUGCAAGAACUUGGUCUCAAAUAUCUCAUCGUGGAUAAAGCUUCUCGAGUUGGAGAUGCAUGGCGAACCAGAUAUGACACAAUAAAACUGCACACACCGACUGAAACGGGCCACUAUCCGUUUUUGAAAUAUACGAGUGACUCGCCUCGCUAUCUUGACAAAGAAGAUAUUCUGAAAUGGAUGGAGCACUAUCAGCAGACCCUGGAUCUCAAAGUCAGAUACGAAACACUCGCGAGGAAUAUUGAGUAUAAUGAGUCCACACAGCAGUGGUCAGUCGAAUUGCAGACCAAUGGCAGUGUGGAAAAAAUCAAUCCUAAACAUGUUGUGCUAGCUACGGGAGUAUUUUCUGAUAUUCCAAUUCGCCCGGACCUCCCCGGCGAGAAGUUAUUCAAGGGGCAGAUCUACCAUACUUUGACCCACAAAACCGCAACUUCUAUCCCAGACUUGCAAAAUAAAAAGGUCACUAUCAUCGGUGCUGGAACCUCCGCGCAUGACGUUGCCCAGGACUUCGUUAAUCAUGGAGUUGGCACUGUCACGAUGGUGCAACGUUCGUCCAUGUUCACAUCACUGUGGAACACUCCAGGAGUAAGCACCGAAGAUGCUGACCUUUUGGCAAACUCUUUGCCGACUGCUGUAGUUCGCACUCUGGGUCUGGGAAUGACCCAGAUGAUUACGGCAAAUGACAAAGCCAUGUUGGACGGACUGGAAAAGGCAGGAUUGGCCGUGAAAAGAGACGAAGGAGAGAAUUUGCUCGACUAUCUUCUGGUCAACGGAGGUCAUUUCUACUUUGACCAAGGAGCAUCCCAAAUGAUCAUCGACGGUCGGAUCAAGGUCCAGAGAUGUGAACAAGGGGUCCAAGGAUUUGACGCGGAGGGAAUCAUCCUUGGCGAUGGUACCAAGAUCCAAUCCGAUAUUGUCAUUCUGGCAACGGGUGUCCAUGGUGCCGAUAAGAUGAUUGAGCAAAUCGUGGCAAAGGAGUUUAUGGAUAAGGUAGGAGAUGUGGCCAGCCUCGACGAUAGCCAAGAGCGGAAAGGUGUGUGGAGGCCGACCGGUGUUCCAGGCUUCUGGUUCAUGGCGGGCAAUUUUGUAUGGUCAAGACAAUUCGCUCCUGUGCUGGCUUUGCAAAUCGCUGCUGUUGAGCGGGCGCUGCGUGGUUACGAGUCACCGGAGUAG